AUGUUUAAAUUUUUACUUAUAAUUUCUAUUAUAAAAAUUGGUUUCACUUUUAGAAUAUAUUUACUAAAUGAGGAAGAUAAAGUUUCUGUUCCAAUUGAAUUUGAAAAUAAUACAAGAAAUGUUUUUGAAGAUGGUUUACUUAAAACAAUUGGAAUAAAUAAAGUUCCUAGUUUUGAAAUUAAUGAUAUAUCUAGAGAAGAUUUUUCAAAAAAGUAUAUGGAAGAAAUAUUUAAAAAUGAUAAAUAUUUAAUGUAUGAUAUAUCAACACCUGAUGAAGUUAUUUGUUUAUCACCAAAAGAAAUAUUUUCAAAUGUAAAAGAAAGUAUUUUAUUAUUUGAAGUAUCAAAAUUACUUCUAAAAGAUAGUAAAUUAAUUACAAGUGAAUUAAGAAUAAUUUUUAACAAAAAAAUAUAUGAAUUAGGAUGGUUAACAGCAAGUAUUAAAAGAAAAGAAACUGAAGAGAGUAUAAUGAUUGAUACAACUGAUAUGUCUCAAUUAAAAAAUACAUACAUUCUUAAUAUAACAUCAAUAUUAUUUAAAUGGUUAAAUACAAAUGAUAAUGAUGGAAUAAUAUACAUUGAUUAUAAUGGUAAAAGUUUAGAAAAUUUUGGAGACUACAAGGUUAUUGUAUUGACAUCACUACAAUAUUCUAAUAAUAAUAAACAAUCAAUAUAUCUAGAUGAAGAAAAAUUUGAUAUAAAUUCAUAUCGUUUAAAAAGAUCAUUAAUUGAUCAAAAUAUUUCUGAAAAAUUAGUACCAUUUAAUUUUAAAACUCAUAAUCCUUUUCGUUUUUAUCCACGUUGCCAACUUCAUAAAUUUUUUAUUGAAUUUAAAGAUCUUGGAUGGGAUCAUUGGGUCAUUGCACCAAGGGGAUAUGAAGCAUCUUAUUGUGAUGGUUCAUGUACAUUUCCCUUAAAUAAUAAUAUGAAUGCAACAAAUCACGCCAUUAUUACUACACUUAUUCAUUUAAUUGAUCCAACAAGAACAGAUCCUCCUAAAUGUAGUCCUACAAAAUUAAAACCUAUGAAAAUUUUAUUUAUUGAUGAUAAUAGUAAUGUAGUAAUUAAAAGAUAUCAAGCUAUGAUGGCUAUUGAAUGUGGCUGUCAAUGA